ACUAUAUAAUUUCAUAUCAUUAUUAAUGUUGUAACUUGUAACAGAUUUUUCUGUGGUUGUAAUUUUAUUUUAUGCUCAAUACCGAUUUACAUUGCAAGUGACACAAAGUGCUCAUCUACAUGAAAUAUACGAUAAAAAUUUUCAUUGAAUGAUAGAUCUGUAUUAUAUAUGGUUUGUGACAUAACCUAACGAUUAUUUACGUCAUUUCGACUGUUGUAUUAGAGUAAUAAGAAUAGUAUAUAAAGAGUGCUGCUGUUUGCGGUCGAUAAUAAGAGGAGCUUGUAAAAUUAAUAAUUUUAUUCAAAAAAAAAGUUAUCGAAGUCAAGAUAAUGGCUUUUAUAUAUAACCUUUUUAAAAGAUCUUCUACAUUCACAUUGAGCAUUCUAGCAGCCACCUUUUUCUUCGAACGGGGAUUUGAUAUGAUUGGUGAUACAAUAUUCGACAGGCUGAAUGAGGGGAAACUGUGGAAACAUAUUAAACAACAAUAUGAAGAACAGUAAUGAAAAGUGUUAAUAAUGUUAUGUUAGAUGUGUAUGUUUGUGUAUAUCAUAUAGGUAUGCUAUUGUAUAAAUAAAGAGCAAUUCGAAUAAAAUAUGAUAUUAAUUUA